AUGAUAACUACAAUCUUCGUUGUCAUUUCUGCUUUAAUUGCUGGAGCCUCGUGCCAAAUGGCUGAUAUUCUUGGCGCACCUCUAGAACCAGGUCCUGCUGUUGCUGGUCCAGGCAGCAAUCCAGGCGGUUUUGGAGCAAAUCAACCAUUUGGUGGACAAGGCCCUCAGCCAUUCGGUGGACAAGGCCCACAGCCAUUCGGUGAACAAGGCCCUCAACAGUUUGGUGGACCAGGUCCUCAACAAUUCGGAGGCCCUCAGCCAUUCGGUGGACAAGGCCCUCAGCCAUUCGGUGGGCAAGGCCCUCAACAGUUUGGUGGACCAGGCCAACAACAAUUUGGUUUUCCUGAAGGCGGUCGUCGUGAGGGCGAAUUCCGCCCUCCAGAACGUUUCGGUGGUCAAGGUGGUUUUGAAGAGCCACACGGCAUGCCGGUUAGAAUAAGAAGAGAUCCGCAAGCCUCUCACGACGCAGCACUCGGUCAUCGUUUGCUAGAGCGCAUUCUUCGUUGA